AUGGUCGGAGAGUCUGUUGAGCGCAUCGUCUUGGAUUUUUUUGAAACAGGACAACUACCAGAGGGGAUGAAUGAUGCUUUGGUUGUUUUGAUUCCAAAGGUGGAGAAGCCGGAACAGGUGACACAGUUCCGACCCAUUAGCUUGUGUAAUGUCCUGUUUAAGACUAUCACGAAGGCUAUGGUUACAAGAUUAAAGAGUAUAAUGCCAAAGCUGAUAGGCCUUGCGCAGUCAAGCUUCAUUCCGGGGAGAUUAAGCGUUGAUAAUAUUGUGGUGGUGCAGGAAGCGGUACACUCUAUGAGGCGUAAGAAGGGGAAGAAAGGUUGGAUGCUACUAAAGUUGGACUUGGAGAAAGCCUAUGACAGGAUCAGAUGGGACUUCUUGGAAGAUACGUUGAGAGUGGCGAGAUUCCCAGACAAGUGGGUGAACUGGAUAAUGCGGUGUGUUGUUGGACCGUCGAUGCAUGUGCUUUGGAAUGGGAGAUGGAAGCCUAUCAGACUAUCUCGGGGCGGGCCUCAACUUUCCCACAUAUGCUUUGCGGAUUACCUCAUCCUAUUUGCUGAAGCCUCGGUGGGUCAGAUUCGUGUGAUAAGACGUGUGUUGGAAACCUUCUGCAUCGCCUCGGGUCAGAAGGUUAGUCUUGACAAAUCUAAGAUCUUUUUCUCGGAGAACGUGAGUCGGAAUAUGGAGAGAUUGAUUACGGAUGAGAGUGGGAUCAAGGCAACGAGAGAGGUGGGGAAGUAUCUUGGGAUGUCCAUCCUACAGAAGAGGAUCAAUAAGGAUACAUUUGGGGAAACGUUGGGGCGAGUCUUAUCUCGCUUGGCAGGGUGGAAGGGAUGUUGCCUGAGUUUCGCGGGACAGCUCACGUUAAUAAGGUCAGUACUCUCCUCAGUACCAGUUCACACGAUGAGUACAAUAUCACUGCCGAAAUCUACGCUGAAUAGCUUGGACAAGGCAUCAAGAUCCUUCCUCUGGGGAAGUACCACAGAACAGAGGAAGCUGCACUUGCUGAGUUGGAGGAAAGUAUGCCAACCGAAGCGAGCUGGAGGUCUCGGGAUACGCUUGUCAUCUGAUAUGAAUAAAGCGCUAUUGGCCAAAAUAGGGUGGAGGCUUCUCCAUAAUGUUGAUAGUUUAUGGGCACGAGUGCUAAGAAGUAAGUAUAAAGUGAAAGAGCCUCAUGAUCAGAGCUGGCUGGUGACUAAAGGUACAUGGUCCUCAACAUGGCGAAGUGUUGCUUUGGGCUUGCGAGAGAUAGUCAUGCCCGGUUUAAGUUGGAUCGUCGGCGAUGGAAAACACGUGAAGUUUUGGAUGAACAGAUGGUUAGUGGAGAAGCCGCUUAGAGAAGUAGCUUUAUUGCCACUUGCAAAUGAAACUGAGGAGGUUCGGGUUUGUGAUCUAUGGCGAAAUGGGACUGGUUGGUUGGUGGAACAGUUGGAAUCGCUGCUCACAUCUAGCGUGAUACUACAACUACAAUCGGUGGUCAUUGAUAAUGUCACCGGAGCAAAGGAUAGAAUAUCAUGGGGAGAGAGGCCUGAUGGAAGAUUCACAGUAGGCUCGGCUCAUGCUUUCUUUACGAGGGACAAUACACCUCGGCAAGACCUGGGUGCUGUAUUCACGCGGGUUUGGCGAGUAGUCGUACCGGAAAGAGUCCGGACCUUCAUCUGGCUGGGGGUACAUCAGGUGCUUAUGACAAACUCAGAGAGGCAGCGGAGACACUUGUCGACGUCGGGAGUGUGUCAGGUGUGCAGAGGAGGAGAUGAAACUAUCCUACACGUGCUCCGAGACUGUCCAGCGAUGGAGGGCAUUUGGCGUCGUAUUGUACCGGUGCGCAAAAGAGACAGAGUACAGUUUGUGAAGGAUCAAACGCGGGAAGCGACAGCUGCACAUCAAAGUGUUAACAUAAAUAGCAGGACCAGAGCCACAUGGAUAGAGAGACUGGUCCAUUGGGUGCGACCAAGUGCAGGCUGGGUGAAGGUAAACACAGACGGAGCGUCUAGAGGUAACUCGGGUCUAGCGUCUGCAGGAGGAGUGUUACGAGACGAGCUUGGGUGCUGGUGCCGUGGCUUUGCUCUCAACAUAGGCAUUUGUACAGCACCUCUAGCUGAAUUAUGGGGUGUGUACUAUGGACUGUGUAUUGCUUGGGACAGCAAGGCCCAGAGAGUAGAGUUGGAGGUCGAUUCGGAGAUGGUUGUUGGUUUUCUCAGGACAGGGAUUGAGGAGGUACAUUCGCUGUCAUUUCUGGUACGCCUGUGCCAUGGCUUUCUAUCAAGGGACUGGAUAGUCCGGGUUUCUCACGUGUAUAGGGAAGCUAACCGCCUUGCGGAUGGGUUAGCUAACUAUGCGUUUUCGUUGCCUUCGGGUUUUCACUCUUUUACUUCUGUACCGGAUGAUGUUCAUCCACUUUUCUUAGAGGACUCUGUUGGGACUGGUAUUUCACGCCAAGUCCAUUUGUAA